AUGGCCGCCGCCGCAGUGCUCCGCGGCGGCUCCCGCCGCGUCCUCGCCUACCCGGCCCUCCGCGCCGCCGUGAUCUCCGGCCCCGCCGCGCUCCCCGACGUGCCCGCGGCCGCCGGGCCCCAGCCGCCGCCGCCCUCGCCGCUGGCCGCUGGCCUAUGGGCGAGGUCCAUGGCCACCUUCACCCGCACGAAGCCCCACGUCAACGUCGGCACCAUCGGCCACGUCGACCACGGCAAGACCACGCUCACCGCCGCCAUCACCAAGGUGCUGGCGGAGGCUGGGAGCGCCAAGGCGGUGGCGUUCGACGAGAUCGACAAGGCUCCCGAGGAGAAAGCCAGAGGAAUCACCAUCUCCACGGCUCAUGUCGAGUAUGAGACCGCUAAGAGGCACUAUGCUCACGUGGACUGUCCAGGGCACGCCGAUUAUGUCAAGAACAUGAUCACUGGUGCUGCUCAAAUGGAUGGUGGUAUUCUUGUUGUGUCAGCUCCUGAUGGCCCCAUGCCACAAACUAAGGAGCAUAUUCUUCUAGCUCGACAGGUUGGUGUGCCAUCACUUGUUUGUUUCUUAAACAAAGUUGAUGCUGUUGAAGAUGAAGAGCUACUAGAACUUGUGGAGAUGGAGCUUCGAGAGCUCCUCAGUUUCUACAAGUUCCCAGGCGAUGAUAUUCCUAUCAUCCGUGGAUCUGCCUUGUCAGCCUUGAAUGGAACAAAUGAGGAGAUUGGAAAGAAUGCUAUUUUGAAACUGAUGGAUGCCGUCGAUUCUUACAUCCCCGAUCCUGUGAGGGUGCUUGAUAAGUCUUUCUUGAUGCCAAUUGAAGGCAUUUUCUCAAUCCAGGGUCGUGGUACUGUUGUGACUGGACGUAUUGAACAGGGGGUAAUUAAAACUGGUGAGGAUGUUGAGGUCAUAGGUUUGACGGAGAGUGGUCCUGUGAAGACUACAGUUACUGGUGUUGAGAUGUUCAAAAAGAUGAUGGAUCAUGGAGAGGCUGGUGACAAUGUUGGUCUUCUUCUCCGUGGUCUUAAGCGUGGUGAUGUCGAGCGUGGCCAGGUGGUUUGCAAACCCGGUACUGUGAAGACCUACAAAAAGUUUGAGGCGGAAAUUUACGUCCUUACCAAGGAUGAAGGUGGUCGCCACACUGCAUUCUUCUCGAAUUACAGCCCACAAUUCUACUUCAGGACAGCUGAUAUCUGUGGGAAAAUCGAGUUGCCUCCGGACGUGAAGAUGGUUAUGCCUGGUGACAACGUAACCGCAAUCUUUGAGUUGAUGUUGCCUGUUCCGCUCGAACCAGGUCUAAGAUUCGCGCUGAGGGAAGGAGGGAGGACCGUCGGCGCCGGAGUUGUCGCCAAAGUCAUGAGCUAA